AUUUCGCUUCUCUGCACAGGACGAGGAAGUUGAGGUGGUGAGGCAGGAUGGGAGCAGGGCUUAGAAGUGUCGUUACCAUUAUAUCGUUAUCAUCUCGCUGCUGAAGAGACCGACACCGACCAACCAUAUCAUCAUGUUUUAUCUAUUUGUUCUUUGCAUUCGGGUUUUAACAGUUCGCAAUGGGUACAAGUGGGUACAGGUACAGGCUGACGUCACAAUUGCAGGAAUGAAUCUGCGAUUGCGUUUGGCUCUAUCAAACUAUGUCUUAUGAACUGCAAAAAAAAAAGAAAAAGAAAAAAGUUUCCCGUGGUUGAGCGAUUGUGCGGCGACGUGUUAUCAGUACAUGCGCGAAUGCCGGAGCCCAGCGGACCUCCUCUUCCAUCCUUCUUUCCAGAGAUAUUCCAUAAACCGCCGUCGUCAUCCUCUUCCCUCCACGCCUCUUUCUCUCUCUCAAUAUUCUCUUUCUUCCUUUCUGCGCGGGCUAGGCGUGCGGCAAAACCGGCGCGUGUUUGCGAAAGGGAAAUGCGAUCAGAAGAGCGAGCUGGCGGCUGCUGUAACCAUACGGAGGAAGUGACGUCGCUGGGUGCUCGCUGUUUCCGAGAGUACCCUGCCGGAGCUGGGGGCGCCACUUCCGCGCCGCUCUAGAAAGCAGACGACGGGCGGCCGGCGGCGGUCGUCUGCUCGGCUCCCUCUGAAAAGGCUGCGACAGCGGCUCGGCCACGUCUGCUUUCGCGUUUGGUUCGUACCGCGCUCGUUCUUCUGCAUCGACGGUAGCUAACGACAAUCGCUUUGCCUCAGCAGACAAAACAGACAGUACACAUCUGGUGCACCCCUGUGCGACGAGCUAUUAUGGCCUAUCACUUUCAGAAACUGUUACUUAGGUUAAUCUUUCACCGCAUCUCUUGACCGUUGGGUCCGCCGCGCUCAGUUCCCUGUGCUUCUCUCGCGUUUCGCUUCGUCGCCAUCUGCUCCCGCAUCACCGCUCGCUCCGCCGUCGUUUGCCUGCGUUGACCGACGACUCGCCAGCCUCUCGCUGCAGACGACAGCUGUGUGCAACAGGUUGAGCGGUAGCCUUGCCGACAACUCGACGACCGCCUGUGUGAGUGGGUGUUGUCGUUGCUUCUCUUUUCGAGACGGAGACACCGUCUAUGAUGGACCGUAAUCUCGAGAUCGGAGGUGGCGAGAUGAUGAUGGUCACGGACACGCAGAAGCUCGUCCUUCCCCAAAGCACGGAAAGCCUGGUAAAGCCUAUGAGUUACGCCGGCGGCGGCGGUAACGGCAAGUCGGCGCACUACAAGCGCCUGAUGGGGAUGCGGCGGAGCAACUUCCUUCUCGUGCUGCUCGUGCUGAUGCAAAUGAGCUACUUGUGUUUCGGCGCAUUCAUGUUCUGCAGCUUUGAAGGACCGGGAGAACAGGAACUGAGGCGGCACCUGAAGAUGUUCCGCGCGGCCUUUCUGAGGAACUUCUCCUGCCUCAACGACGAGGCCCUGGAGAGCUUCAUCGUGGAGAUUGUGCGCGCUCACGAGAACCGAGUCUCGCCGGUCAAGAACGUCACCUCGGACCCGAACUGGAGCUUCGGGCACUCGUUCUUCUUCUCCAGCACGAUCAUCACCACGAUCGGCUACGGCAACAUCACGCCACUGUCCACGGGUGGCAAGAUCUUCUGCAUCGUGUAUGGGCUGAUUGGCAUCCCGCUGACCCUGAUCCUGCUGUCGGCUUUCGUCGAGCGACUCCUAAUCCCUGUCACCUACAUGCUGCAGUUUCUCAACUCGCGCCUCGGGCACCUCUACCAGGCAUUCAAUAUCCGUGUCCUCCACCUCUUCAUUGUUGGUCUGUUGGUGGUGAUCUUCUUCUUCCUGGUGCCUGCGGCCAUCUUCUCAUCCCUGGAGCCAGAGUGGGACUAUGUGGACUCACUUUACUACUGCUUCAUAUCUCUCACAACCAUUGGUCUUGGCGAUUUCACACCUGGAGACAGCUAUGAGCAGCCCUACAGGCCUCUCUACAAAGUGGCAGUUGUGGGGUACCUGCUAGUGGGCCUGACAUCUAUGAUGCUUCUGCUCAACGUGCUAUACGACAUUCCGCAGCUCAACGUGGGCGUUUUCUUUCUGCUCAAGAGCGAUGAGAUGACCAAUGACCCUGAGAAAGUGCGCCUACACCACGGCCUCGGACCCAAGUACACGCAGCAGAUAGAUGAGCCUCCACCACCACAGGUGCGCCACAUCAAAGCUCGGCCGCCACCAUCCUCUUCUUCACCUGAGGAUCUGCCGUGACUGGCCACAUGUUCGUAGGCGCAAUGUGUGCAAGGCAUGCGCAGAACAAAACAAGGAAAUGAUGGGCAUAACCACGGCUGUGUCCGUGGCGCACGGAAAAGAGGCUUAUGUCUCAAAACACCUCGACGCGUUCCUGAGCUUUAGCAGAAGCUAGUUGCUGUAUUAUUUUCCAGUGCAGCGCUAGCACUGACCUCAGUAUAGCAUAAAUCUCUUGGAACACCACAUUAGCAACACAAUACAGUUGUGAUGCUGCGACACUGCUGCCAGCGCAGAUAUAGCUGUUGAGUACUUUUAAAGCUUGACUAACUAUGUGGUACCAGGGUUGUGUACGCAGACAUUGUGGCGAAAUUUGGACUGAUGAGGUAUGGAAUUGGACAAGUGAAGGGCAAAAUAGAAAAAGCACUAAUGCUGUUGACAAGUUAAACCACUGCCUGAACUCGUAGGUGAGACAGUGUGAGGCAGAUGAGGGACAUAGCACGAUCCAAGUGUAUCGGGGUCCGCAGGAACUGUGUCGUGUUAACUUUUUUUGUCGCUCUUCUGUUCCAACACUGCCUUGACAAUGAAACCUCGCUAAAUUGCCUGUCGAUCUCCUUUUGAAGAUCUAAGUGUGUGUCAAACAGUAAGGACUGCAGCUUUGAAGCACUAAGAUUUACAGUACUGUUGGCACGACAGCAGUCUUCAGCACGAACGGCCAGAAUUGUACUGUGAAACACUGUACAUCUGCGAAGCUUAAAGUGGACUGGCUGAAAACUCUGACCUUUUUGUAGGGAUAGAUCUAAUUAAACAGUGUGAGUUGCAACUGAGGGUCGCAGUGUGGAUAAGCUUUCUUUUAAAACUAUUACUACCUAUCUUUUGCCCAUCUGGAUACUCUUCGGGAAGGCCCUUUGAAGAACUUGCAAAUGAAUGUUGUGCAUUUCCACGUUCUUGUCAUCUGUUUUAAUACUAGCACAUGUUCGGAAUGUUAGCAUGGGGCUUUUUACUGAAGGUUAGAGUCUGUAUUGUUGCAGCAACAGCAGUGUUUCAGAGAUUGGCACCGAGCACGUUUGUUUGUUGAUCCUCUGUAGCAACCCAAAAGCAGGCUGAAGUGACAAACAGUACCAAAUGUCGCAUUGAUAAGGCAGCUAGGUAUAUAUGGUUUGGCUUAUUUAUCCUCAGUGAAAUUUCACAUUCAGUGGCAUUUCUUGGUGCAUUUCAUUUAAUAGAUAAUACCAUGUCCAAAUGCAUUAUUUGUUUUGUUCAGGAUUGGAAGCAUACAUCUUCAGGCAUUCUGUGUAACAAAGCUCUUAGAUUUUCUGAGUGGAAAGACAGGCGGUACCAUCUGUCAGCAGGGGACCAAAACAGCACCACAUUCUCUUCUGUGCUGGGCAUGUUGUCAUCCUAGGAUAAACAGUGCAGCCACUCCUGCCACUAAAAAAAUUUGCAUGUUUCAGCUGGCAUAUUGCCGGAAGUGACGCAUACUUCUGAUUUGUUCUAGGUGAAGCAGGCAAGUACUGUGUGCAAACAUGGUAUUAAAUGAUGUACACCAUCAAUAGACACUUAUGAAUGUGAAAUUUUAACAUGAACCAAGCAGCAGUUUAGCCAGACAAACCACUUGCACCUGCCUCCCUUAUCAAUGCAACAUUCUGUAGAGCAGGCAUGCAGCCCUCAGCACGCCUUUCAGAAGUGACCAAAGUGGUGCUAUUUUUUGCCUUCUAAUUUGUCAGAUUAAAUUGUUUGAGUUUGCAAAUGCAACAAUCAGGUUUUUGGUUGCCAGUUAGGUAAGAGUAGUGUGAUUCGCCUCAUGUAUGUGCAGGCAAAAAAUAACAAAAAAGGUUGAGACAGUUCAUUCUUUUUUUCACCAAUAUGCAAGGUGUGUAGUUGACAUCUGUUACAAAACACCAGAAAAUGUCACUCCUACCGUGAUAGGAUACUUCAGAGGCCAGAGAACAACAAUGCAAGACAGGUGGCAACGCUGCCCUGAAGUUCCUGCGUGUGCUAGUUGUGACGUCGUGUAUUUGACAAUGUCUGCCCAGGCCUAGUCAGGUUUCUAUCGACAAAAAUUAACUACAUCAUGUUCUAAAGGAUAAAAACACUGCACUUGGCAAGUUUCAAGAACUUUUGCUGUGUCACACCAGCCCAAAUAUGAAAAAAUAAUAAAUAGCUUGCAAUGUUGCACUGACUUAGUAGCAUAAAAUUAUUAAAAUAAGGUAUGGCCUUCAUUUCCUCUACUAGUAAUGAACCUCUUACUGCAAUAUUAAUAAAUAUAGGUUUUACAAGGAUCGCAUAGGCAUGUAGAUUAUUAGUUUUACAAACAAGCAGUCUCAAAAGUACACACAUUUAAUUAAACAAACAUGUUGUUUUUGUUUUGUUUUUUCUUCUUUUCAGUUUUACAUGGAGGGAAGAAUAAAGAGGACAGGCCUGUGAGCCGCACGGUGUCUGGAGUGGUCUCACUGCAUGAAAGGACUUUCCAAGUUUAGGGCACAUUUUGUGAGGGUAAUCUUACUGGGUCGUUCAGAGUAAUGAAAUUGAAAUUCAUUAAAUAAAUGCUGCAAAUGGAAUGCUUAGGGUGUAUUUCGGCAGCAAUGGCCUUAUGGGGAGAGUAAAGGAAGUCAUUACAUUUAAUGAGGUUGAUAGCUUACACCUUUGAAGUGGCAGACAUGGCAGACAGCAAGUCAGCUAGCCAGAAAAUGAGGCAAAAAAGCAAAGUAUGUUUGGCAGUGCCAAGCACAAGUACUGGAAGAAAAUUCCCUGCAAUGUCGCACGUAGUUGUAGCCCAAGAUAAUUGUUGGUUAGAGAAACAAGAUCCUCAUAGUGCAAUUUAAAGUAAAACUCAAAUUAACCUCGCAUAUUUUGCGGGCAGUUCUAGAAGAAGCUCUCAGAUCCAUGUAGACUGUGGAAUCUGCAUGACAUUGCAGAUGCUGUGGUUUUGGCGAGAGGAAAGUUGAAAAUGGCCAAGUCAGUCUUCAUUUGAACUUCUCUUCACGAAGUCCUUAUUAUCCCAAUUAAUAAACCCAAACUGAUUUUAAUAGCAACUGUGGUGAUAGACCAGUUAUAUUGUAUGUACAUUUUGCUACUAAAUGUUCCUUUAAAGGUCUCUGUAGGGGUUUGCGAAGCAGUCAAGUUGGGCCUGGGAGCUUUCAGAGUUACUUGAGAGACCCUUGUCUAUGUUAUCAAUGCCUUAAAACAUGCACAUGAUUUAAGAGAUGACAAAGGCAGGAUGCCUGCCUUGGUUUGUCGUCAGAGCUUGCAUCCCGAGAUGUGCUGCGUGCCUGCCUUUCGAUUUCAAGGCAAAAAAAUGUUUUCUUUUCCUUGCGUUUCCACUGCACAUUAUGUCGCAGCCUUUUUGUUGGCUCACAUCAUUGCUUGCUCGAAAACACCUGCCAGGAGGAAGGACGUGGAACUAGCUCUUAGCAGUAAGGCUUAACUACAGCAAACAAAAUCGCUGCAGAAUUUGCAGCUACGUGUAUUGUCUAUUUUCUUUAAAGCCCCUGUCACGCAGCAGUAGUUAAACAUGAUUUGCUGUCAGGUCAACCUGUCUUGAGUGCUGCUUAUGUCUGGGCUGGCUCGGGCAGGCCACUGCUGUGACAUGCCUAAUACAGCUUGUAAGUGUUUAGUCAGAUAGACCAUAGCACUGCACGUGUUCAUGUCCGAAUGCAAGGACAUAUUGAUUUUUUUCUCGUGGAUUCACUUUUGCUAUACGACUGGUGUAUUGCUUGUGCCCAUAUAUGUCAAAUUUGUUUGUAAGCAUGACUCGAGGCAUAUAGCCUGUGAUUGUCACGCAAACUGUGUGAUUUGUGGCAGUCCUCUCUCUCUCUUUCCCCUUCUGCAUGGUGUGAGUGCCACAGCUAAAAGUAACACAGAUCUGCCAUCACCUUGUGUUUGAAUGGUUGUGUGUUCUGUGUAGCUGUUUUAAUGGAUGUCGGUGCACUAAUUUCAUCAGGGGGUUGCCUGUCCUCCAAACCAUCAGCUAUGUCGUACAAUUGCAUUCACACGUGGCAAAAACAAGGACACUGGGUAGUUCUGCAUUGUGGUACACGUUACAGAUAACAUAAAGAGUGAAGCAACAAGAAGACCAUCAUCUGUACCUUCAACCAGUUUGCUGAAGUAAGAAAUGACCCAUUUUUCAGUGAAGCCAUAGUGUGAACUAGACGAAUCAAAAAGCCAGCUUUAAAUUAUAAUUUGUUUAACUCUGUCUAACGCAUGUUGUCACUGCUCACCAAAGUUUAAUUAAACCUGGAAUGAUCACUCUCAAUAGUGCUACAUACUGUAUGUUAGCCUGGUUGUUGAUCCCGUAGAUUAGAAACUGCAGCGUAAUGAUGCUACUGUUCCAAUGAGAUGGGUUAAAUUCAAAUGAUCCCAAUAGUUUAUGGCCUGAACAACCUCAUUAUCAAUCAUUUUCAAACCUGCAUUCACACACUUUAUUGUUAGAACUGAGAAAAAAUAUUGGCACGUCUAUUAUGUAAAUUGACACUUGUGCAGAACAUAAUCUCCCAAAUGUACAUAGCUUAUCAGCCUUGGCACAAAUAUGUUGUUAAUAUUUGUGUAAGUUGUUUCUAUGCCUCACCUGGUCUCUAAACAGAUGUGGCUGUUCUGACGUGUUUAAGAGAAACGUUCAGGUUGGUCAAGAAAUGUCAGUCUGCAGGCCCUUGCACCUAACUUGAGCUUAAUGCUGAUGAAAUAUAAAAACAUAUUCGAGAAGCUAGCCUUCAGAAAAGAUGCAGCAUCCAAAUUUUGGAUGCCAUGUCAGGCAAGCUUAAAGGCAUCAGGCAAGCUAUGCCUGUAGUUAGAUGUAUGACACAACAGAAUGUAAUUAAGUGGGUAGUGUAGAACUUGUUGCUGGGUGAGUUGGUUGGGAUCUAAUAAACACAUUGUUGCACCAAAAAAGGAAAAUAAUGACUUCGGAGGGAGAGUAUGAAAUGAAAGAUCGAGCACUCAAUCUUUCGUUUCAUACUCUCCCUCCCAAGUCCUUAUUUUCCUUUUUGGAGCAACGAUGUAUUCAUUAAGUGGGUUGUUAUGGAGGUUCAUGAAAGAACUCGCAGAAUAAGCUUAUUUGGUCAGUUGCUGUGGUGUCACUUGCAGCAAGUCUUUAUUGAAAAGUGAAGUGCUGGUGCAAACUUGCAUCCCAAGGCCCUUCAAAGAACCUUUACCUUAAGUGUUUACGCUGACAUGACAAAAUUAUGUACACCAUAGCAACAGGUCUUGCCUCUCCAAGCUUUACACUCAGAGGAACAUUUGUGGAACUGCCCUCUCUUGCCACUCACUUUCACUCGCCAGUGCAGUGUGGCCAUCACAAAUUCUUCAGUGUCAGUCACAAUUUUACAAGUGUGGUAGUAGUAGUAGUAGUAGCAGUAGUACCGUCUAAUGUAGAUUUGAUGUCGCUAUGCCAAAGAACCUCAAGGUACUGUGUGGCUAUUUUAAUUUUUAUGCAAGAGCUCGAUAAAAUAAUUUUUUUUCUUUUUCAUUCACUCACAGACUGCCAUGUUUAAACUGCACCUCACAAUGCUCGAGGUUCACCUGAAAAAUAAAUUGCCCUGAUAAUAGUCCUACACAAAACGGUUGUGGCUUCAGUAGUGUAGCUGCAGCUUUUGUAACUGUUCAAGAACUAUUUCGAAGCUAUUUAAUUAGACACACACUUGAUUCACCUGCAAUUGUCAUGAUAGCUUAAGAGAACUUCUUUGCUGGGCCAGUUGGUAUCGAUUAAUUAUACCUAUUCUUAAGGUGCCAAAAAACAACACACAGCACACAAGAGAGGCGCUCUGUCUCGUUGUCCUCUCUCAUGUGCUGUGUGUUGUUUUUUGGCGCCUUAUAGGUAUAAUGAGUCAUAACAGCUUACCCAACAGCUCUGCUGGACAAUGCCAUGGUUUUCCCACUUCUCAACCCAACCUUCCUUACGAAAGUCACCUUAGCUUUUUCAAAUGUUAGCUGUAGCAUGCCUUGUUAUAUUUGUCUCCUGUGCCGUUUGUUGUGAAACCAGCAUAUCAUUCUGUAACCAUGUGAUAGUGACGUACAUGACGCUUUCCUGCAGUAGCGGGGACAAAUGUAUUCACUUUGAGUUUCUCAAGAACCUUCUAGCUCUGAACACACCAUAUCUCUGUUACAGUUUAAUGCUUUUUUCAUUGUGUGCACAAAGACUAAUAAAACAAAAGUAUGGCCUCGCGUUGAUGAAAGGUGCACCUUCAUCCGAAGUGAUAAUGUGUCUUGUGUAAAGCGUAAUGCACUUUGCUCGUGUCAUGCACACAAUUUAAGAAUUGUAAAACACUGAGAGCUCUGUUGCAUAAAUGUCGAACAUGGUUCCUUAUAAAAAGGUCAAUAUAGAUAUAUACAUUGUUUGCUCAAGGAAGAGUAUGGUAGUUUUGGUGGCCAGGCACACAAAAGUAUAUUGCUUAUGGCUACCCAUAUCAGGAUGGACAGCAUUAGAACAGUAAGAAAAUGAGUGUAAUGCUUCAUACUGUCUCUUCAAGUCUUUAUUCACUGUUUUCUUUCAUGUGACCUGGGUGAUGUUUGCUGCUUGCUCCCAUCACACUCUUAAGACAUACUCACUUCACCCAAAUUAAAAUUUACCUGCACUAUAUGUCCGAAUACCGCUGUGUGCCAAACACGUAUUUCAGGCUUACUAUCGCCUCCUUUUUUGCUUGAAAAACAAUAGCACUUCUAAGCUGCGCUUUUAAGCACCUAACCAUAAAAUUCCCAUGUCCAAGGUUCAACGACACUUCACAUGUGAUACUUCAUAUUGAAAUAUAUAUAUAAAGAUAUAUAUUAUACAUAACUAUAAAUGUGUCUAUAUGUACAUAUAAACAUUCAUUGUGGUUGUUUGUUGUGUGCUAUGGUGGCUUACAAGCCAUGCCUGUUUGCUUCUAUAGGACUUUGUAACUGUUAUGGGACAGAGUGAAAAAAGAGGAGCUGAAUAAAGAUGGAAAUGUUUGUGGGUCUUUGUUCAUGAA